AUGAUAAAGACGCAAACCAUUCGACAGCCCCGCAAAAACAAAAACAGACAGACCAUGGCGUCCGCCCAAGGUUCCAACCGAAACAGAGCCUUAACCGACACUAGGUUCUCCGACCUCAAACCCCCACUCUCCCAGCCCGUUCUUGAUGCCCUUACUAAUUCCGGUUUUGAUUUCUGUACGCCGGUUCAGGCCGCCACUAUACCCUUGCUCUGCAGCUACAAAGACGUUGCCGUUGACGCCGCCACCGGUUCCGGCAAAACCCUUGCAUUCCUCGUUCCUCUCGUCGAGAUUCUCCGCCGCUCCUCUUCCCCCAAACCUCAUCAGGUACUUGGUCUAAUCAUAUCACCCACGAGGGAAUUGUCAUCGCAAAUAUACCAUGUUGCACAGCCAUUCAUCUCCACGUUGUCAAAUGUAAAGUCUGUGCUUCUUGUCGGCGGGGUAGAAGUAAAAUCGGACGUGAGGAAAUUAGAAGAAGAGGGUGCAAAUUUAUUGAUUGGCACUCCUGGCAGGCUCUUUGACAUAAUGGAGCGUAUGGACUUGUUGGAUUUUCGGAAUCUUGAGAUUCUCAUUUUGGAUGAGGCUGACAGGCUGUUGGAUAUGGGAUUCCAGAAGCAGAUAAAUGCCAUCAUAUCACGCUUACCAAAGCUUCGUAGAACUGGUCUUUUUUCAGCUACUCAAACUGAAGCUGUUGAAGAGCUUUCCAAGGCAGGAUUAAGAAAUCCUGUAAGGGUUGAGGUUCAAGCAGAAAUGAAAAUGCUAGACAAUCCAACAUCCUCCCAACAACAGGCACCAUCAAAAACACCUUCUGGCCUUCACAUUGAGUAUCUGGAGUGCGAAGCAGAUAAGAAACCAUCGCAGCUUGUUCAACUCCUUACUCAGAACAUGUCUAAGAAGAUUAUAAUUUAUUUUAUGACCUGUGCUUGUGUGGAUUACUGGGGAGUUGUUCUUCCUCAAAUAUCUGCUCUAAAGCGUUUAUCUAUAAUCUCACUUCAUGGAAAGAUGAAGCAGACUGCAAGGGAAAAAGCGUUGGCUUCAUUCACAUCUCUGGCAAGUGGCGUCCUUCUAUGCACCGAUGUAGCUGCACGUGGUCUUGACAUUCCUGGAGUUGAUUGCAUAGUACAGUAUGACCCCCCUCAGGAUCCAAAUGUGUUUAUUCAUAGAGUAGGACGAACAGCUAGGUUGGGACGGCAAGGAAAUGCUAUUGUGUUUUUGUUACCAAAGGAGGAAGCAUAUGUUGAGUUCCUUCGAGUAAGGAGGGUUCCACUUGAAGAGAGAGAAAGCCCAGAUGAUGUUUGUGAUAUUGUCCCACAGAUAAGGUCAGCUGCAAAAAAGGAUCGUGAUGUCAUGGAAAAAGGGCUUAGAGCUUUUGUUUCCUACAUCCGUGCAUACAAAGAGCAUCACUGCUCCUAUAUAUUCAGGUGGAAAGAACUUGAGAUUGGGAAAUUGGGUAUGGGUUAUGGCUUAUUGCAGCUCCCUGCAAUGCCUGACCUGAAGCAUCACAAUCUUUCUACUGAGGGUUUUACACCACUUGAAGAUAUAAGCCUUGAUGAGAUCAAGUACAAGGAUAAAUCUCGUGAGAAACAAAGAAAGAAGAACUUGCAGGCAAAAAAAGCAGCUGAACAACAACAGAAGGUACAGAAGCCAAAAGCAGCCUCAACCACUACAGCCACUGUAAUGAGGAAGAAAACAGCCAGGCAAAGACGGGCUGCUCAAUCAGUUGAGGAUGAUGACGAGAUGGCACAGGAAUACCGCUUAUUGAAAAAGCUAAAAAGGGGUGCUAUAAAUGAAAGUGAAUUUGCGAAAUUGACUGGAACUGAAGAUUUGCUUUGAGACUGCUUGAAGCUUGUCUACUGGUAGAAUAUCAGCCAGCUGCGAAUGGGAGCACCUUAAAUAAGCAUUAAGGUAGAAAGAAGUACAAGUUUCCUUGAUAUGCUCGUUGCACUUGCUGAGGCAUCAAGAAGCCUACAGCGAGGAAGGAGGAUCUAGCAUAAAAAGUAAGCUGAAGAAGGUAGGGCAGAUUCUCCCAAUGUCAGGGAGCUUAGUCAUCUCUGCAACAAGGCAUUAUUGAAGAACCAUUGUUGGGUGCUGGUGUACACUGACAAGUCCAAAGAAAUACUUGCCAUUGUAGCGUUGGAUCUAAUCUGUACAAAUAAUAGAUUUUAUUCGUCUCUGGGGACUUGAGGUCAGGCAGUGGGGUUGGAAGUUAGAAGAUGGAGUAAGCAAUCUGUGAUAAAUGAUGAAGUAAUUCGUAGCGUUUUUUUCCCCAUAUUCGUCAUAAAGGAGCAUCUAUUCUUUCUUGGCAUA